CGCAGCCCAAACACCACUGCACCGUGCGCACCAUCUCGUCUGCUAUUCUCGUCUCCGUGUGCGUAGAAUGGGGGCCGGCCGUGAAGUGGCGAUAUCGCUGGACGGAGUGAGGGACAAGAACGUGAUGCAGCUUAAGAAGCUCAACACCGCCCUCUUCCCCGUCAGAUACAACGAAAAGUACUACGCCGAUGCUCUCUCUUCCGGCGAACUCACCAAGCUUGCAUAUUACAGUGAUAUCUGUGUUGGAUCUAUUGCUUGCCGCCUGGAGAAGAAGGAAGGUGGGUCUUUCCGUGUUUACAUCAUGACUUUGGGUGUGUUAGCACCAUAUCGUGGGCUAGGAAUUGGCACGAGGCUUUUGAACCAUGUUCUUGAUCUCUGCUCCAAGCAAAACAUAUCAGAGAUUUACUUGCAUGUGCAGACAAAUAAUGAAGAAGCCAUUAGCUUCUAUAAGAAAUUUGAUUUUGAAAUCACAGAGACCAUCAAGAACUACUAUACAAAUAUUGACCCACCCGACUGCUAUGUUCUUUUAAAGACCAUAUUGCAACCUCAACUGAAGAAGUGACAUGUUAAAGCUGUACUCACGCAUAGCUGGAUGCUACUGUCCUGUUAACUGAAUUUUAUGAGUUGAACUUGGAUUAGGAUUAUUGAGGUUACAAGGAUGCUAUGAUGCAUUCAGCUUCUGCAGUAUGUCUAAUUAUUUAAUUGCUUUUUACUUGUUACUCCUUUUUCAUCCGCAUUUUUGAAAAUUGUCACCAGGACCAUGAAUCUUUGAAUAUUUGUCUUGCCAUUCCCGUCCCAAUGGGGCAAUUGCUACAGUUGGAUGAAAUUUUACCCUUCCUUUUGGUCAAGUAGUAUUAUGAUGGUCGCUGCUACUAAUUUUACAAUAUAUGAUUCAUUCUGUC